GGGUGGAGCCCAACGGCCCCGACGCCGCCUGGUCGCCUAGCAACGCCCCCACGCUGAGCCAUGCCGGCGGGCGGCAGCAGGGAGCUGGAGGCCAGGAAUUACUUGGGAAAACACCGGAUUAUGGAGUUGCUGAACUAUCUCACCAGCACCCUACUCUUUUUCCGGCCGGAAAAACCAAGAGAGUAUUUAAUAUCUAUAUUGGAACGACUGAGAAUUGCCAAAGUAACAGGCGUGGCUUUUCCUGUCUUUAUGGAUCACUCUAACAUCGUGUCUAUGUUUGAGAUGAUGGACACUUCACAUAAAGGCACCAUAACAUUUGUGCAGUACCGAGAAGGCCUGAAAACCCUGGGUCUGUUGGAUGAAGAUGAAGUUUUACAAGAUGAUGGACAUGUGAUAACUUUGGAAAAAUUCCGAUCUGAAGUGAACAAGAGGACUGAGAAAAUAUGGUCAGCAUUUUAAUAACACCAUAAGUCCAAGAUAAUAAAUGAUUCUAU